AAAAAAAAAAAAAAAGUUAAGAUGGUAAAUUUAAUGUUACAUAUUGUACCACAAUAAAAGAAAAUCCUGCCAGACCAAUACAGCAACCACCUUCCUUCUCAGAGGUUCUAAGGGGAAGUAAGAGCUACAAAACAUUUUUAUUCUAGCAAUUUAAAAAUAUCCUGUCCCAUAUAUCAUAUUUAUAACAAACAAAAAGCUCUGGAGAAUAUAAUGUUCAGAAGAGCAUACCCAGAAAUAAUUAGAAUGUUAGAUACAGCCCAAUGAGUCAAAUAUUUAGUGCAAACAAGCUGCAGGAUAACAAUUAUGGGGAGAAUAAAAACUAACUCUUCUUCAUUUCAAAUGACAACAAAAAAAGGGAAAUAACACUAAACUGCAGGGCCAGCAGUUACAUAGAUGGACAGAUAGUGGUUAAAUUUUGGACUAGGAUCAAAACCAAGACUGCAGAAUCCCAUCAUUAUUUUGCUUAAAAUACAGGUGAUGUUUUAAUUUGCUCGGGAGAGUUUAUCAUAGUGAUCAAAAGGGGAGAACACCAUCAGAAAUCUCAUCUAGUCCUAAUAAUACAAGAUUGUUUUAGCAAAGGUCUUAAAGAAAUACAUGAAAAUAUGCUAAAAUAAUGUACAGAUGAAAACUUAAGAAACAGAAAUUCAGUGCUUGUGCUUUGAAAGUCCAUAUAGCAUAUGAUGUAUCAUUUCUUACAAAAAACAGAAAAUACAUAUUUCUGCUUAGAAUUUAUAAAACUUUUAAAUUUUGAGCGGGGGAGGAAAACGUUCCACAAUUGUCAAGUUGGAAGGUAUUCAUAAAGAAGACACAAAUAAUUUCCUAAAGUUCAGUGUUGGUUGAGCUUAAAGUUGUUCCAUGGUAGUAGGGCUUUUUAAUAUUUUCAAAAGGAAUCUGAGAGUUGUCAUACCGAAAAAAGAAAGAAAAACAAAAAAGAGGGGGAAAAAAAAAAACCCCUACCACCACAUGUGAACAUAAAACAGAAGAGAACCCCAACCAAUUGCACCACGACCGGAUGGAAGAGCCCAGCUGACACAACCAAGACGAGUCUCAGUGUCUAGGGAAGCUUGGGGUUCUGUUCCUUUUACUUCAGGCGAACCUGAACUCAGUUAAUGCAAUUUUGAAGCAUGCCCUGAAUAGAUUCAGUCCUUAUCAAGUCAAACUAAAAACGGUGAAAGGUUGCAACUAUUACCAAAUAGAUUAGAGCUGAGGCAAAUGGUUUCAGGAUUAUGUGCUUUGUGCUAACAGCUUUCUGGAGACAUCUUGAUUACGGCUAUCGGGUCUAGAAGAAAAAUCUGAAGACAUAAGAACUACACAUGAGGAAUAUGUCAUUUAGCACUUUCACUUUUUGAUCUCCACAGAAGACAAUGAGAAGUCAUACCAUAACAAUGACGACAACUUCAGUCAGCAGCUGGCCUUACUCCUCCCACAGAAUGCGCUUUAUAACCAAUCAUAGCGACCAACCGCCACAAAACUUCUCAGCAACACCAAAUGUUACUACCUGUCCCAUGGAUGAAAAAUUGCUAUCUACUGUGUUAACAACAUCCUACUCUGUUAUUUUCAUCGUGGGACUGGUUGGGAACAUAAUCGCCCUCUAUGUAUUUCUGGGUAUUCACCGCAAAAGAAAUUCCAUUCAAAUUUAUCUACUUAACGUAGCCAUUGCAGACCUCCUACUCAUCUUCUGCCUCCCUUUCCGAAUAAUGUAUCACAUUAACCAAAACAAGUGGACACUAGGUGUGAUUCUGUGCAAGGUUGUGGGAACACUAUUUUAUAUGAACAUGUACAUUAGCAUUAUUUUGCUUGGAUUCAUCAGUUUGGAUCGCUAUAUAAAAAUUAAUCGGUCCAUACAGCAACGGAAGGCAAUAACAACCAAACAAAGUAUUUAUGUCUGUUGUAUAGUAUGGAUGCUUGCUCUUGGUGGAUUCCUAACUAUGAUUAUUUUAACACUUAAGAAAGGAGGGCAUAAUUCCACAAUGUGUUUCCAUUACAGAGAUAAGCAUAACGCAAAAGGAGAAGCCAUUUUUAACUUCAUUCUUGUGGUAAUGUUCUGGCUAAUUUUCUUACUAAUAAUCCUUUCAUAUAUUAAGAUUGGGAAGAAUCUAUUGAGGAUUUCUAAAAGGAGGUCAAAAUUUCCUAAUUCUGGUAAAUAUGCCACUACAGCUAGGAACUCCUUUAUUGUACUUAUCAUUUUUACUAUAUGUUUUGUUCCCUAUCAUGCCUUUCGAUUCAUCUACAUUUCUUCACAGCUAAAUGUAUCAUCUUGCUACUGGAAAGAAAUUGUUCACAAAACCAAUGAGAUCAUGCUGGUUCUCUCAUCUUUCAACAGUUGCUUAGAUCCAGUCAUGUAUUUCCUGAUGUCCAGUAACAUUCGCAAAAUAAUGUGCCAACUUCUUUUUAGACGAUUUCAAGGUGAACCAAGUAGGAGUGAAAGCACUUCAGAAUUUAAACCAGGAUACUCCCUGCAUGAUACAUCUAUGGCAGCGAAAAUACAGUCUAGUUCUAAAAGUACUUGAGGUAAACAUACUAAAAUGAAUUAUAUAAUGCAGCCUCUUAAUUCUUUGAAGAACUAAAAAAUUAGGAAACAAAGUUCUAGCAUUUACAAAACUCAGAUCUCAAAGCUCUGCUUGUAUUUGCGAUAUUUCAUUUGCUUAAUUGUAAACCAUUUCAAGGUACUAUCUUUUAAAUCUGUAUGUAAAAUCUUUUCAAAAUACAUUUUUAAGCUAAUACUCUUAACAUAGAUUAUGAAGUUAAGUGAAAUUUAUGGCUUUAACAGCAAAAUAAUUAAAGUGCCAUAGUUUCUCAAGUGACUAAAGUAGUUAUUAAAAUCAAGCACUUGAUACUAAUUUGAAGUGUGUUUAAAAGUAAAUGAUUUGGGAACUGACAAUGUGUCAGAAAAUAUAUGUUCAUUUAUCAUUUUAAAAUCUUGUAUAAUUUGCCACUGUAUUCAUUUAUGCCUAAAUCUCUAUAACAGAUGAAAAGAUAAUUAAUAAAAUCCUUAUCAAAAAAUGAGAUCACCCACUAUCUAUCACUGCUUAGAUAAAAAGGGAAAGAAUUUAAAUACUGUAUAGUAAAAAUUAACAGAUAAGCUAACGAUUCAAUAGCCUAGCAAUAGGUCUUAAAACCACACCUUACUUAAAACAGGUUUAUAAACAAUAGGGUCAUUUCAGCCACACUUUGAUAAAGUAACAUUGAACAUGCAUAUUCUGUGAUCCAGCAAGUCAUCUACAAGGUAUACAUCUUACAGAAUCACUCAAAUAUGUACAUAAGAAACAUGUAAUGAUGCUCAGUGAACUACCAUUCAUAAUACGAAACAACUGGAAAUAAGUACAUAUCAGCAAAGGCAUGGAGAAGUGAACUGGUUUACUCAUGAAAUGGAAUAUCAUGUAGUGAUGCAAUGAAAUGAACUACACUCACAUGCAUCAACACGGGUAUAAUCAAAUAUAAUGUUGAGUAAAAAAACCCCACAAAAUUGCAAAAGGGUAUGUACUGCAUGAAAUCAUUUAUGUAAAAUAUAAAAACAUAAAACAAUACCACAUUCUUUUUUUUUUUGAGACAGAGUUUCACUCUUAUUGCCCAGGCUGGAGUGCAGUGGCGCGAUCUUGGCUCACUGCAACCUCCACCUCCCAGGUUCAAGUGAUUCUCCUGUCUCAGCCUCCCGAGUAGCUGGGAUUACAGGCACAUGCCACCACACCCGGCUACUUUUUGGAUUUUUAGUAGAGACGGGGUUUCAUAUGUUGGCCAGGCUGGUCUCGAACUCCUGACCUCAGGGUGAUCCACCUGCCUCAGCCUCCCAAAGUGCUGGGAUUACAGGCGUGAGCCACCGCGCCUGGUAGAAAACAAUACCACAUUCUUAUGGACCAAUACAUAUACAAUAAAGAUACAAAACAUGUAUGGUAAUAUAUACAAGAUACAUACCAACUUAAAGUUAAUGGUUAUAUCUGGAGAAAUUUGAAGCAAAUAUGGCAAAAUGUUAAUGUCUUAAAUCUAGGUAGUAGGCAUGUGAUUAUAUUAUUUUUGGUAAAUUUCUGGCUAUUUGAAAUACUUUACAACAAUAAAAACCUGCAAAUUAGAAUUAAAAGGAGCAAACUCUGCAAUUUUCAUGUACAUUAAAAAAUAACAGGACAGCAAGCUCUAAAAGAAAGGGGUCUUAGUCUUGUUCGUCAUUGCCUCCCUGGAGCUUAGUACAUUUCUUGGCUAUAGGAGAUCAAUAUACAUUUGUUGAAUAAUUAAGAAGAAUGGACGGAUGAAUACGAUAGGGAGAAAGGGAAGGAAGGGGUGCUUACAAGAAAAAAAGUUGGGAGUAAUUAGCUUUUUUCCUAGUCCAUUUGAAUACAGCUAUAUAGAACACCAUACAGUUGCAAUCUAGGGGGUGUCAUUAGGCAAACAUUCUUGAAAGUUUGGCCAGCAUUUGUCCAGUUCUUUGGUCAUACACAGAACCUGAAUGUUAUUGACUGAAUAUGUAAAAGCCUCUUAGGACAAACUCCAAGGACUCAUCUGAAAGUUUCUAUCAUGGUGUAUAAAAUUUUUUUAUAGUCAGAAUACUUCUUAAAACUUAAGGUAGGCCAUUGGCUGAGAAAUAAAUGUGAAUGAGCAUGAAGAUUUUGAUCAGAACUGAGUUUAUUUUAAUGAGAUUUGGCUUGUAUACAGUGCUCAGUUAACUAUAUAUAGAUAUAUUUUUUGAGAUGGAGUCUCGCUCUGUUGCCCAGGUUGGAGUACAGUGGCGUGAUAUUAGCUUACUGCAACCUCUGCCUCCCGGGUUCAAGUGAUUUUCCUGCUUCAGCCUCCCGGGUAGCUAGGAUUACAGGCGCCUGCCACCAUGACCGACUAAGUUUUGUAUUUUUAGUAGAGACGGGGUUUCACCAUGUUGGCCAGGCUGGUCUCAAACUCCUGACCUCAGGUGAUCCACCCACCUCGGCCUCCCAAAGUGCUGGGAUUACAGGCAUGAGCCACCACGCCCGGCCAGUUAACUAUCUUUCAAUAAAUGCCCACAAUUAAUUGAAUAAAGAAUAAGUCAAAGCAAAAGUAUAUUUUAAAAAUAAGUAAUAUUUGAGGAUAAAUACUGAAAUUUGCAGAAAAAUUAGAGGGUCAGAAAAAGGUGACAAAAUUAUAUUAAUUACUUUGCCCUGACAAUGUUAACACAUACCAUCUAAAUGAAAUUUAGCAUUUCUGUUUGUAUGGUUUUAAGUUAUGAAAACUUCUAUUUUCCUUCAUGUCCUCAAACUUAAAAAUUUAUUUUACAUUACUGGUAAACAUCUUACAUAUCUCAUUGUAUACAGUUUGGUGAAAUUAUAUUAUCAAUUAUUA